AUGAAAUUACUGAUAUACGAAGAUUGGAAAAAUUCUGCUUCAUCAAGGGAUAAUUUCACAUUCCAAUAAGAAGUAAAAAUACAAUCAGAGUGUUAUCAAAUUGCUCGUGACUUUGAAAUUUUACUAAAAAAUAGCGAAUAAAGCACUUUCAAUCAAUACUUUCAAAAAGCACUCUCUAUCUUCCACAGAUUUGCUCAUUAAGUUUCUUAUAGGAAAUUCAAUAGACAUAUUUAUAUGGCAGCUUGUUUAUUUCUAUCAGCCAAAGACAAUGACAUGUUUGAUUGGUCUGUUAAGAGAUAUGCAAGUGCAUUCAUUAAUAAUUGCAUUUAAAAGAAGGCACUAGAUAUAGAUGGUUUGAAGAUUGAGGUUGACGACCUAAACAAUAGAACAAUCUCAGAAAAAUUAAUCUCUGAAAAAAUAAUAGAUGCAGAGUCUCAUAUUUUAUAGAUGAUAGGAUAUGACUUACACAUCAUAGUUCCUUAGGUAUACUUCCAGGAAGCUAAAACCAAAUUAGUUGCAGCUCAAGGAGACAUUUAAUAGCUGUUUGAAUUCGCUUAGAAGUUCCUAUCAGACUUAUUCCUUAAUAAUGCAUGUCUAUACUAUGAACCAAAAAUAAUUACUCUUUGUGCAAUUACCAUGGCUAGCAAAUUAUUAAAAAUAACAAUAGCAGAUUUACCUAGUGGGGAACCUUGGCACUCCUUAUUUGAUCAAAACUUAGAAGUUAAUGCACAGACUCAAAAGGAAAUAUUAGAAAUGACCAAUUAUUUCGAUUAGUGCAUAUAAAUUCUAAAAAGCUGAUAAAAGAAUGUGAAUAUUUUCAGCAAUUAUUUAACAUCAAAAAUUCUUAUCAAGC